AUGGAGGAUCCUCUAUCAUCCAUGCUAAGAGCAUCUCCAAUAGAAGAUGUAAAAAUUUACAUCUCUAAAAAGAGGCAACUCCAACAGAUAAUGCAUAUUGGAUAUGUAAAGAGCAACUCCAUUAAAAUAUGCAAAUUAGAGAUGUACAGUCGCAUUUGCAGCUCGGCCAGAGUUGCAAUGGAGCUUCGCCGGAGCCUUUGUGCUGCGUUCGAGCUCGCCGGAGUUGCAAUGGAGCUCCGGCGGAGCGUUGGUGCUGCAUUGGAGCUCCGUCGGGUUGCAAUGGAGCUCACCGGAAGCGGGGCGCGUUACGGUCCCCGCCACGGCGCCGGCUCUGACGGUGGUGCGUGCGGGUACCAUGGCGACGUGGAGCAGCCGCCGUUCUCCGCCAUGAUCACGGCGGGUGGUCCCUCCAUAUUCAAUGGCGGCAAGGGCUGCGGCGCUUGCUAUCAGGUUAGAUGCAUCGGCAAUUCCGCUUGCUCUGGGUCCCCGGGGACCGUGGUCGUCACAGACCAGUGCCCCGGCGGGCCGUGCAGGCCAAGGCUUGCGCACUUCGACUCAGCGGGAAAGCGUUUCGGCGCCAUGGCAAGCCCGGCCAGGAUGACACUCGCAACGUCGGCAAAGCUUAGAAUCAGUACAACGGUAACUCUCGCUAGCGCGCACACUUAUACAUGGGCUCGGACUUGCUUCAAGGUGGACGCCGGCUCCACCAACUACCUUGUGGUGCUCAUCGAGGACGAGGCCGGCGACGGUGAGGGCAUCUCCAGCCGUUGGCCCCUCCAAAACGCAUAA